AUGAGUAUAUUCAGAAAUAUCAAGGAGUUUUUCCACAACAUCACCACCAACGACCACUAUGCACAGUAUGGAAGUAAUGAUAAGAAGGGCAAAAAGAAGUCUUCAAACCGUUCAACUCCAACAGGUUCAAAGAACGGUUCAUCUGUCUCUCUAAUCAACAAAAAUAACAAGGUUAAUUCAACUUCUGUUUCUGACUCUAAAAAUAGCACAUCUUCAAAUGCUGACAACUCAAAUUCCAAGAUCCCAUAUCGCCCAGGAAUGCGUUCUCAAUUACACAAUGAUUCCCAGAUUGAGCUUAGAAACUAUGAAAACGGACAACCUCAAAAGGACAUUGUCGAUAUCUGGGAAGCUAUUGAUGAUUGGUUGGACAGGGAAUUCCCUGAAUUGGCAGAUGAUAUCCAAGGUGGUGCAACUGCAAAUGAUUUAAAUGCAUUUGAGGAUGAUUUAGAUAUCAAUUUGCCAGCUGCUUUCAGAGAUAGCUACCAGAUCCAUGAUGGACAAGUCUCCAUGGGUAAAACAAGAGGUUUAGUUUUCAGUUACCCGUUGAUGGACCUUGAAUCCAUUGCUGCAGAAACCAAUAUUUGGAGAAAAGUCUAUGAAAAGUUUGAAAAGAAAGACGCUAGUGUGAUUAGUAGUGCCUUUGGUCCACAAAGCUCGUGUCCUCCUAAGUAUAUUAAUGAAAUUUACUACGAUCCAUUGUGGAUCCCAUUUGUGAAGGAUAAUGUUGGUAAUAAUAUUGCAAUUGAUCUUAACCCUAAUGCAGCAGGCAAGUGGGGCCAGGUUAUUUUAUUUGGUAGAGACUAUAACACUAAAUUUGUUGUUGCAGAAUCUUUUGGAGAAUUUUUAAAUGACAUUUGUGAGGAAUUAAGCGCUGGUCAUUUCGAGAUUGAUGAUGACGAAGAUUUGAAUUACGUUCGUAAUGGUAAAAACUAUAACUAUUUUGAUGUUUUAAGGUCUAAAUCUAUUUCAAGAGCAAAGAAACUCGACCCUAGCUUUACUGUGAAUGAAGAAAAGAAUGUUAAUGAUGCUGAAUUAUUAGUACAAAAGUCUAAAUCAUUAAAUAUCAAGUCUGAAGAUACUCCUGUUAACACCUCUAAUAUUACUAAAAGCUCGCAUAUUGCUGAAACAUUGAUAUCUCCAGCUAAUGAAGAUAAGAAGGCAUUUUUACCAAGUAAAGAAAAUGUUGCUACGAAUGACUCAUUUGUGAUAGAUGAUGAUGUUCCUUCUAUUGAAGAGAAUGCUGAAGAACCUGCUGUUGAAGCUAUCGCUGAAACCGUUGAAGAGCCUGCUGUUGAAUCUGCACCAGAGCAUGUCACUGAAACUGUUGAAGAGAAUGCUGAAGAACCUGCUGUUGAAGCUAUCGCUGAAACCGUUGAAGAGCCUGCUGUUGAAUCUGCACCAGAGCAUGUCGCUGAAACUGCUGAAGAACCUACUGCUGAAGAACCUACUGCUGAAGAACCUACUGCUGAAGAACAUGUUGCUGAAACUGUCGACGAACCUGCUGUUGAAGAACCUGUCACUGAAACUGCCGACGAACCUGUUGUUGAAUCUGCACCAGAGCAUGUCGCUGAAACUGCUGAAGAACCUACUGCUGAAGAACCUACUGCUGAAGAACCUGUUGCUGAAACUGUCGACGAACCUGCUGUUGAGGCUACACCAGAACCUGUUGACGAACCUGCUACCGAAAGUACCGAAGCUGCUGAAGGAAGUGAAGAUAGUAGUACUGCAGAGAAUGGAAACAACGAAGAAUCUGUCGCCCAAGAGACUACUGCUUCAUCAGAGACUCCUGUAAAUGCAACAAAAUCGUCCAACAAAAAGAAGAAGAAUAAGAAGAAGAAGGGAAAGAAAUAA